GUACUAUACUAUGGCCACCAGAACCUGAAUGACUGAGAAUCUCCAUAGACCCUGAUUACAACUCGCAAUGAACAAGACUGCCAUGAAGGAAGAGGACAUUUAUGACUUUCUACCCGACCAUUUGUCUACUGACACGAAAUAUAGUUGUACUUGGACACCAAUUUGCAAAGAAGAACCAGGUGGUUAAAGAAGAAGACAUUUAUGAUUUCCUCCCGGAGUAUUUGUACAGACCAAAGGAGGAAGAGAAUGAAACUGAGACAUCAGAAGCUCUGGACAUGAAAUGUGAAACAGAUUCUUCCCUGACGGGACACAAUGCGGACAUGGCUCCAGCAGGUACCACGGGUGAAAAGAACUGUGAAACAAAAGACUUAUCAUCAAAGCACAAGAGAACCCAUACAGCAGAGGAGCAUUACCAGCAUGUUACAUGUGGAAAUGGCUUUACAGUAUCCCUGAAUAUGAUUAAAGAAGAAGACAUUUACGAUUUCCUCCCGGAGCAUUUGUACACACCAAAGGAGGAAGAGAAUGAAACUAAGGCAUCAGACGUUAAAGAAGAAGCUUUGGACAUGAAAUGUGAAACAGAUUCUUCCCUGACGGGACACAAUGCGGACAUGGCUCCAGCAGCAAACCGGCCUGGCUACAUCACCCUCAUCAGCCUGCAGGAGGACCGCACCUGCUCCCACCUGGCUUGCAUCCACCUGCAGCUGGAAUGGCUGAUCUAG